AUGGUGAAACGAGUGGCUGAUCUGACGACGUUUGCAGAGAAACUGGAAGCGAUCCGGUGCUUGCGGAGUCAGGCAGCAAAGGGGCAAUGUUUGAUGAAGUCGACCGUGAUGGGCUGUCUUCAGUGCUUGGGAAACCUGAAGGAUUGCUCGGAAAAUCACUUGGUUUUGAGAACGGUGCUUGAUCUUAUGCGGUGCUCACGCACCAUCGAUAGCCCCUCAGUGGAUGUCAUCAUCCCAUGUUGCACUACUUUCUUUGAGCUGUCGAAUUACCCGGACAAAGACAUGAUUCCAGCAAUGGCUGUGAGAGAUGCUUGGGGAAUCAAGCGGAGUCUCACAACACUGCGAAGAAAGUGGGUGAGGGCUGAGAAGCCCAAGGACCACAAGGUUCGAGAGCUCGUGGACAUGUAUGACAGGAUCGUCGAGGAGGCUUUGGAAGGAAUCAGCAUUCCUCGCCGCACGGCCAGUGACGACGAUGUGGGAGGCCACGGUGGAGAAGCACCCCCCCCGCCUGGUGGUGCAGGGGCCGCUGCUGAUCCAGUGGGUGCUGCUGUUGCAGUGCAUGAUGAUUCAGGGAUUGCUGCUGCGGCAGAUGAAUAUGAGUUCGAAGAUGCUGAAUCAGAGGAUGAUCUCGAAGCUGAUGCUCUAGAGCAUGUUCCUGCUGAGCCAGGCAGUGCGAUUGCAUCUGGGGCCCCAGAGAAUCCGAUUGUUGAGCCCAGUGGUGUGGCUUCCGAGUCCACAGAGAAUCCGAUUGUUGAGCCCAGUGGUGUGCCUUCCAGGUCCGCAGAGAAUCCGGUUGUUGAGCCCAGUGGUGUGCCUUCCGGGUCCACAGAGAAUCCGGUUGUUGAGCCCAGUGGUGUGCUUUCCGGGUCCACAGAGAAUCCGGUUGUUGAGCCCAGUGGUGUGCCUUCCGGGUCCGUAGAGAAGUCGGUCGUUGAGCCCAGUGGUGUGCCUUCCGGGUCCACAGAGAAUCAGAGUGUUGAGCCCAGUGGUGACAGCAGAGCCGAGUUUCUUCAGCUUCUCGAGAAUUGCCGUGUUGAUUCUUCCCAGUCAACCGACGGUUCCUAUAUCGAGCUCAGUGGUGCGCACAGUUCUGGGUCUACAGAGAAUCCGAGUGUUGAGCCCAGUUUGCUCAGAUGCGACUCGUCACAGGGAAUGUUGGAGACCUUGAUCAAGGAGAUGGAAGAUGAGGGCGGGGUCACCGGGGCCUCUGUUGCCAGUGCUUCCAGUUCCAUGGAGGUUCCACCGCAGGACCCUUCCGAGAAACUGAAGCAGAUCCUAGCCCUCAGCAAAGCCAAGCUUCAGGUAUGGACGGCUGAGGGUUUUUUUUGGUAUUCCUUUUCCGAUCGACAAGAGGCGCUUCGGGCCAUUGACGGUCCGGUCACGGUGGAUUCAGAUGAAGAAUUGCCCCCUGCUCCAAUCCCGGUGGCUCGAUCUGUUCCUGUGGACAACCAGGAGACGCAAGCCUUCACCCUGGAUACACAGGUGGUUCUUGAGCCUAUCUUCCAGGAAGAGCACAAAGCCUUAACGGAAUCCCCUGUCCCGCUGGUUCGCAGGCUCUUCCCGGAGAAUGAAGACACAGGGGCAGGGGAGCCGUCCGCGCCAGCAGUUCCAGUGCCUACGGAAAACCUUUCCCCGCAGACAAACCACACCCCGUCGCCAUUGCCCGCCGAUCACAAGUUCAUGGAGUUUUCUCCACCGAAGGUGAUUACACGAGCCGAUCAACUUGGUCUGAAGAGGGACCGCAAGGAGCUGAACGAGGAUGAGAACGAGAAGGAUGGUGCAACCGGCGCUGCUCCCAAGCGCAAAGGACGACCACCUGCUCGCAAGGGCAAGGGACGGGGCCGAGGACGAUCAGCAGGGAAGAAGGGUCCCAUGAGAGAGCAAGCCUCAUCCUCCAAAGAUGUGCCGAAGAUGGUUGCAGUCAAGCGGGCACGCGAGUGUGAGCCCGAGCCAUCUGCGCCGGUUGGGGUUGAGGAGGGGACUGUGCCUGUACCCAAGCCCAAGACCAAGUCUGGUAAAGGGAAAGGGAAGAAGGCCAAGCGUGGAGGGUCAGAUUGUGCUGAUGGCCGCCCAGCUAUGCUGGCUGUUCCUGUGCCUGAGGAGGUUGGCCACGAUGAUGAUGUGGGCUACUCGACCCCUGUUUGGACAGGGGAUGGUGAGAACAGCCGCCCUUCUUUGGCGGUGUGCUCUGCAGAGACGGGUUCUGCUGCAGCACCCGUGAAAAGGCAGGGAAAGAAGAUCAGGCGCAAGCGAUCCAAGGCAGUGCGUCAUGCUGCGAAUGAUGGAGAAGACAAUGAAGAGCAUGCCCCACACCCAGUGCCGAUGGAGGUAGAGGGUGCCCCAGCUCUGGACCUGGAUGUAGAGUUCAACUACCCCAAGACCUUUGCAGGCCGACCGUGUCCGCAGAUUGAGGGCCCCAAGACCUUUGCAGGCCGACCGUGUCCGCAGAUUGAGGGCAACAAGGGCUGGCUGUUGUGGCGACACAUCGUGCGUUCCUUUAUUGAGAUCAUUCGCCCCAACAUCCUGGAUCGAUCCCGCACCCGGCGUGAGGCUUGA